UCGUCGAACAUAUCUGUCAAAGUGAAAAGCAGCUCAUUUUUCUCAAGUCGCAUUGUGCUGGCUGCAUUUGAUUCUAAUAUUCUUGAUUUUUUCUCCGAUAAAAGUUCGUGUAUUUAAUUGCAAUGGAUGAUGAAGCGGAAACUUACAAGCUAUGGCGCAUCCGAAAAACAAUUAUGCAGCUAAGCCACGACCGUGGUUAUCUUGUAACACAGGAUGAAUUGGAUCAAACGUUGGAGCAGUUUAAAGAAAUGUUUGGUGACAAACCAAGCGAGAAGCGGCCAGCACGUUCUGAUCUCAUUGUUUUGGUCGCACAUAAUGAUGAUCCAACUGAUCAGAUGUUUGUUUUCUUUCCGGACGAACCAAAAAUCGGUAUAAAAACCAUCAAAACUUAUUGCACAAGAAUGCAAGAGGAGAACAUACAUCGUGCGAUUGUAGUAGUACAGGCAGGCAUGACACCAUCAGCCAAACAAUCUCUAGUUGACAUGGCGCCUAAGUAUAUUCUAGAACAAUUCCUUGAGUCUGAAUUACUGAUCAAUAUAACCGAACAUGAAUUAGUGCCUGAACAUGUGGUGAUGACACCGGAAGAGAAACAAGAAUUGUUAGCACGUUAUAAACUGAAAGAGAAUAUGUUAAUGCGCAUACAAGCGGGUGAUCCUGUGGCGCGUUAUUUCGGUCUGAAACGCGGUCAAGUGGUUAAAAUUAUACGUUCAUCCGAAACGGCUGGGCGAUACAUAUCUUACCGACUUGUUUGCUAAAGGCAAUUAUAAUUUAAGUUGUAGCAUUAAUCAAAUAAAUUUAAAAUAAAAAGUAUGCCUAAAUUGCAUGGCAUAAUUUUCGCAUUUUGCAAAUAUUA